CCGUAAAAAUGUCAUCGAGGUGACCGACACAGAAAGUAACCUCGCUAAAGAGUUAAUGAAUAUACAACGUAAUAUACUGCGAAACGUUAUGUGGGCCUCGGAUUACAUACGAAAUAAAAAGUCGAAUAACUUGAGGGGAGCUAUUCAUAUAAUCGUUCAUGAUUUAGUUCUAGAUCAAUUUACGAUUUUAAACAAUGACCUGGAUAAAAUUCCCAGUGGUGAGUUAAAGGCUAAGGAAUUGCAAGUGUUUAUUGAUGAGCUUGUCACCUGUAGCCCCACAUCCGAUAAGAUGGACUUCCGGUGGAAGACCCUAAAAGUGUGGGACAAGGCGUCCAUUGACGAGACCCAGGAGUUAAGCAACGCUAACAUCGACGUAAUGAUAGCUAUGAUGCGACUCCAGGGCCUCAAAUACAAACUCCAGGGGCUGGACAUUGUCGACCGAUUUUAUCAACGUUUCAUAACUAGAGCAACAAAAUAUAUGCCUACCGCAUUUUCAGUCAUUGACGCCUACCAGCCCCAUAACGCCACCAUACGCAAAAUGAACUACUAUAUGCUCGGGAUCAGUUUUGAGGAGUAUCGGUGGAUGGGCGAGAAACUGGAUGUUAGACGUAAAAAUGUGCUCGAGGUCAGGGAUACUGAAAAGAACCUGGCUCAAAAAUUAGAUAAUAUAGAGAAACAAAUACUAAAGACUAUUUUGUGGGCCUCUGAUUAUAUACGUAAAAAGGGCGAUACCUUUUGGGGGUCAUUGCAUAUAUUGUUUCAUGAUUUGGUUGAGACUGAGUUUACUGAGCUCAAUAAUGAGCUUGCUCAAAUGUCUAAUGGAGAGUUGAAAGCUAAGGCACUGCAAUUUCAUGAUUUGGUUGAGACUGAGUUUACUGAGCUCAAUAAUGAGCUUGCUCAAAUGUCUAAUGGAGAGUUGAAAGCUAAGGCACUGCAAGAU